CAAUUUGUAUUAUAAACUAGCCGACAGCCGUCUACAGCAGAAAAUUCUCUUAUGCGACGAGCGGUCACACCGAGUACGACAGCUGUUUUGAAAUGGAGGCUCUGUUAAAAUAUCGUUAUAGUUUUUUAGCUGGCGCUUGCGCUGCCGGCGGCAGUUUCUUUGGCAAGUUGCCCAGCUAUCUUAGCGCCCUACGCUUGGUGCAAUCAACAACCGGAAAUUCGUAUGUGGAAGUUGCACUGAUCCAAUUGCUGCCUCUGAUCCUUAUGCUACUCUGCAAUGUUUGCAACAUGCGCUACUUUCUGAAGGCGCUGCAAAUGUCACAGCAAACACUCACGGCAACCGUCUUGACAGCCGCCUCCAAUUAUGUCUUAUCAUUCAUUUUAGGUGUACUCGUUUAUCAAGAGCCGCUGUCGACAUUAUCCGGGAUUGGUAUAACAUUUAUAUUGGCAGGUCUUUGGUUUCUAUGCGACUCUCCAACAAAAACUGAAAUUAAGAGCAAGCAAUCUUAGAAACUAUGAAUUGUAUUUAUUUAGGCAUUAGGCAAGUUUUACUGUAAACGAAAAAUCACUUAACGAAAGAAAUUCCAAUUGCAAGCAAACUAGUUUUUCUACUUAACGAAAUCAAAUCCAAUUAUAAACCCAUCUCAAUUGCCCACCUGACGAAAGCAGCUCCAUCUACAAAUUCAACCAAUUUCGAUCUUAACGAAUCCAAUUCAAAUUAAGUUUCAAUUCAGGAAAAUGGCCUGCAAAAUGAAAAAACAUUUGCUACUUAUAUAAUUGUUGUUUAAUGUACUAUUUUGCAAAUACAUAAUUCAUGUUUGUUUCUUUGUUUAUAAUGCACAUAAGUGGGGCAUAAUGUUGUAAUGCAAUAAUUGUUAAUACAGUUCUCUACAUAUAAUUC